AUGGAUUUUCACGGACCGAUCACACCAACAACGAAGAAUGGAAAUAAAUACAUUAUUUCAUUGACCGAUGUAUUAUCAAAAUUUAUAAUUACAAAAGCAGUCCGUGAUUGCACUGCUACCACUGCAGCACGAUUUUUAAUUGAUGAAGUUAUUCUUAAAUAUGGUACUCCUAAAUGUAUUCUUACUGAUAAUGGUACACAUUUUACAGCUAAAAUGAUGACGGAAUUAUUCAAACAAAUUGGAAUUACUCAUCUAUACUCGACACCUUAUCAUCCCAUGACAAAUGGACAGAUAGAAAGAUUUAAUGCAACAAUGGAUGCAAAAAUAGCUGCAUUAUCAAAUGAAAAGCGAACGAACUGGGAUGAACAAUUACCAUUCGUUACAUUCAAUUACAGCACCACUAUACAUCGCACAACUAAUCAAAUCCCAUUCGAAUUAAUAUAUGGUCGUAAGCCAAUUUUACCGUUUGAUCAACAACAACCAUUAGUUACCUUAUCACAAGAUCCAGAACACAAGACAAAAUUAAAUCAACAUUUAUCUGUAUUAACCGAACAAGCGAAAACCAAGAUUUUAGAACAACAACGCAAAUAUAAAGAACGUUAUGAUCGAUUUCGAACAAACCCCACUUAUAAAAUCAAUGAUAUUAUUCUUAUUAAAACAUUAAACAAAAGAAACAAAUUCGACAUCAGAUAUGAAGGACCGUUUAAGAUUACACAGCAACUCGGGAAAAAAACAUUUAUCGUACAACAUAUUAAGAAGCAUACAUUAGUUCGGCAAGUUACAAUAGAUGUCAUCAUUCCGUUAUACGAACGAAAAAGUAUGGAUUAG